GCUUCUUCUGAAAGCUAGGGAGCAAUAUGGGGGCAGAGGAACUACAGGCCUCCCUGACCAACAAUGAAAGGAGGUCUCCUCUUAUACUCGGACUUCAACCUUCUGCCAUUGUUGAUCAUAUUGCUAGGGUGGAUUGGUCUUUGCUGGACCAUAUUCCCGGAGAAAGAGGCGGUUCUCAGCUGGUUGCUAUUGAAGAGCUGGAGCAUAUAUUGAAUGAGCUGAAAACCCACAUUCUCCCAACCCCUGGUGAUCCAUCUCCCAUCAUAACAAUAGCUGGUGGUAGUGUAGCUAAUACGAUCCGAGGUCUGACUGUAGGAUUUGAGAUCCCAUCUGGAAUAAUUGGGGCUUGUGCAGAUGAUGAGCAGGGCCACUUGUUUGUACAUAAUAUGAGCUCUAAUGGAGUGAACCUCUCAAGAUUGAGGUUGAAGAAGGGACCUACUGCACAAUGUGUUUGUUUGGUUGAUGCAGUGGGCAAUCGGACUAUGCGACCCUGUCUCUCCAAUGUCGUUAGACUUCAGGCAGAUGAAUUAACUACAGAAGAUUUUAAAGGUUCUAAGUGGUUGGUGAUGAGAUAUGCAAUUUCCAAUUUGGAAGUUAUUCGUGCGGCAAUUAGGAUUGCUAAACAAGUGGGAGUUUGUGUCUCCCUGGAUUUGGCCAGUUUUGAGAUGAUUCGAAACUCCAAGCCACAGCUUCUAGAGUUACUUGAAUCUGGGGACAUUGACCUCUGUUUUGCCAAUGAGGAUGAAGCAAAAGAGCUGCUAAGGGGUGAGCAAAAUGCUGGUGCAGAGGCUGCUGUGGGGUUUCUGGCCAAACAUUGCCAAUGGGCCGUGGUUACACUAGGCCGUAAUGGAUGCAUAGUGAAGCAUGGGAAAGAGAUGGUCAGAGUUCCAGCCGUAGGGGAGACAUCAGCAACUGAUGCUACUGGAGCAGGUGACCUCUUUGCAAGUGGUUUCUUGUAUGGGUUGGUGAAAGGGCUGUCUCUUGAAGACUGCUGCAGAGUGGGAUCCUGCAGUGGUGGUUCUGUCAUCCGUUCACUCGGGGGUGAGGUUACACCCAAGAACUGGCAAUGGAUGUACAAGAAAAUGGAAGUAAAAGGCCUCCCGCUUCCCGAUUUCUGCAAGCCCUAAAUACAGAUCAAAGUGUUAAUCUUAAUAUUAAAUUCUGAGGAAGACUGACACAGCUGCUCGGCUUAUGAUUUUAAUUGGAUUUUGUGGUGUGAGUUUACUUGGUUAUUUCUAACAGUUGUAAAAGAUACAGAAUUGGAGAGCCAUUGCAAUGGUAUUCAUCCAAUUUUAUCAUUAUGAGGCAUUUACUUAAAGAUAUACUUCGGAAUGUUUUAUUGUUCCGUUCAUAACUUCAUAUUAUAGUUAUUUCAAGUCUUCAAGGUAUGCAGCUUCAAUCUAUUGAUGAUGGUUAGGUUUCGGGUUUACUGCUUCAGUUCUCUUCGAUUGCUAGCCCUUGAUUAUAUAGAUGCUAGCUAUUGCACUAGCUAACUGUCGAUUAGUUAUUCUAGUGGCCAUUAGAAACA